AUGACUGAACCGAACAGAGUCACUGCCAGCCAGAUCCGGGCUGGUUACGGUGAACAGGAAUCAGAUCUGAUAGAGAAGAAACUUGUCAAAACUGGAGAAAAAACUCGCUCACAGACUGAAAGUAUUUCUUUACUGAAAAGAAGAGUCAAGAAAAGUUUCACCUGCACUCAGUGUGGAAAGAGUUUGGCAUGCAAACAGGGUCUCAAUGUUCACAUGAGGAUCCACACUGGAGAGAAACCAUUCACAUGUGAUCAGUGUGAGAAGAGUUUCACACAAUCAUCACACCUUAAGAUUCACAUGAACAUCCACACUGGAGAGAAGCUGCAUGAAUGUGAUCAGUGUGGAAAACCUUUUUUGAGGGCUUCAAGCCUGAAGGAUCACCUGAACAUUCAUACGAAGGAGAAACCACAUUCAUGUUCUUUGUGUGGAAAGAGUUUUUCACAUCUGCAGAGUUUAAAAGUUCAUCAGAAGAUACACACUGGUGUGAGAGAUCAUAUGUGCUUUGAGUGUGAGAAGACUUUUAUUACAGCUCAACAUUUGAAACUGCACGAGACCACCCACACUGGAGAGAAACCUUACAAGUGUUCACACUGCGACAAGAGAUUCAAUCAGUCAGCACAUCUGAAAACACAUGAGAGGAUCCACACUGGAGAGAAACCUUACAAGUGUUCACACUGCGACAAGAGAUUCAAUCAGUCAGUACAUCUGAAAACACAUGAGAGGAUCCACACUGGAGAGAAACCGUAUCACUGCACUGCAUGUGGGAAGAGUUUCAGGCAUUCAUCAGAGUCAUUUAAUCAUACAAACAACAAUCACUGUAAAUUCAGUUCAAUUCACGUUUCUUAGUAUAGCGAUUUUCACAAUACAAAUCGUUGCAAAGCACUAGUAAUUCUUAGUUACCUCAGGAUGCCCAUCACGUGGCAGAAACAGAGAAGCAGUUCACGCUGUUUCAUGUAAUUGUAAAAUACACGCUGCAUAGUUUUAC